UUUUACAGGUUCACCUUCACUCGUCCAGCCCUGACUCGUCGAUCUCUUCUCCCUGAGAGAGCAGGGGGAUGUGGGACGGGGCUCUGUGUCGAGUCCGGGCCAGCCCCUCUCUGCCGCUCCCGCCUCCUCACCCUUCUCCCUGCUCCAGCCCGGGCCCUUCCCCGGGGCUGCCGGGAAACCCCUGCCCCAGCGGGGUCUCUCCCGGGGCCGCCUGGAGCCCCUCCUCCCCUCCUCCUGCUCUCCCCUCGGGGCUGGCAGGGCUGUUUCUCACCCGGUUUCCCUCAGCCCUGGCUGCCGGGCAGCGUUUUGCCCUUUCUGAGCCAGGCUUUCCCCGCGGCGCCCGCCCGUGGCUGAGGGGCUCAGCUGUGCCCUGCGGUGGGGCCGUUGGAGCCGGCUGGAACCGGCUGUGUCCGGCACGGGGCAGCCCCGGGCCCGCACCGCAGGGGCCGCCCCACACCGCCCGCCCACACAACCGGGGCGCCCGCAGGCGGGACAUCCCGCUCUGUCUGCAGAGGACGGGAGGCCGGAGGAUUCAGCGCUGGCGAAAUGAAAACAGACGUUCUUUGGCAAAGCGAAAGGAGGCCCUGGAGAGGACCCCAUGGUGGAGCAGGUCUACACUGAAGGCCUCCAGGCUGGAGAAGAGGAACAGCAUGAGGAUGCAGGAGAGGCAGAGAGGAGUUGUUAUGGACUGACCACAGCCCACCAUUCCCCAUCCUCCUGCGUCUCUUUAGGCGGAGGAAGUAAAGGAGUCAGGAACGGAGGAGUGAAGAUGUAUGCAGUAAAUUUUUACCAUGGCCAAAGAACGCCCACGUGCACUGAUUAAGAUGACAAUAUUGAACAUUAGGUGAGCCACAGUCUUCUAAAAAUUGGAGAAAAGGCAAGUCAAGUUAUACAAGAGGAAUGCAUCAGAAGAAACAAAGACAUUUCCUGUACUUCAAAGACAGCAUCUACAUUACAGAGAGUCAAAGAAUAUUUUUAAUUACAAAAUGAUUCCUGAUCAACUGUAGACCUGUUAGCACACAUUUCUGAAGGCUAGGAAAGAAAUCUGCAGCAUAAAUUGGAUUUUUUUCUGGAAUAGGAGAAGCAUGUUUCCUCCUAGAAAGUCAUAUGAACUUCCAUAAGAACUUCCAGCAUUUCCUCAAUUUCAAAAGACAUGCUGAUUUGAGAAAUACUAGCUUUAUCUUGGAAACGUUUCAUUCCUCAUUCACAUCAUUGUUCUUAACCUCAGCUAUGGUACUGUAUUCUUUUUAACCUUGAUCUUUUGCCAAGAGGCUCCACCUGAAACGCAUUCACUUUCAUCAGUUGAAGUGUGUUGGGUCCCUGCAAUGGAGUUGGAAAAAUUUUGUAGAUGUUUCUAGAAGAAUUAUACAAAUGCAUACACAAGAACAGGAUUUUUAAGGUACUAAAUUAUGCAUCAAAAGAGGCAGUACUUCUCUUAAAGCUGUUCCUUAAAAAAAACUAUUGCAUGCCUGCACAAAACAACACCUGUUGCUACCAUUUCUAUAUUAUAACAUUCAUGUAAACAUAUUGGGAAAAGGAGUACCUGCUAAAUGUGAAAACAGUGGCUACUAGGAAACAAAGGAGAGACAACUAGAAAGGACCCUGGGCUUACCAAAGUAAAUACUUACAUACUCCUCUAGAAGACAAAAUAUGCUUUUCACACUUCUUUUUCUACAUGCCUACAUUGAUUCCGUUUUUGAGACAAUUCACCUUGAAAGGCACAAUAAGUACGGCUUUGCAGAUCCUCUUCUAAAAAUGCUUUUAGUAUGGGUGGCCAUCAGGACUAUGUGAAUCACGGAAGUUAUGUUUCUGCAGCUGAACAAAAAGAUUGGAAGAAGAAAAAAAAUUAUAUUUUGUGCCUAGUCAGAAUGAAUACUCUGUUAGGACUUCUUUGUGAUUUUGGAUUUUUUUGAGAGAAACACAGGCACUAUGAAAAUGAUACCACAGUGGCUACACAACUACUUGCAGCACCAUGCAAAAUGAGCCUGGAAAUACUGCUACUGCAUUAGGUACAAUACUUCCAUACUACCCACCCUAUGUCCAUAUGCACUUUAUUCACAUCUCCCGGUACAGAAAUACAUCACAGAUUUUAUUACGAAGUACCUUAUGCACACUUGUAAGUUUGUUUGCUUCACUCUUCCCUGACCCACAGAGGCCUAAAUCUUUACAUGAUAAUUUUUUGGGUUUGAUUUAAUUUAAUUUAAUUCAAGUACAUAAAUAGCUGCAAAAUACCAUAAGCAACAUAUUGCUCAGCUCCUUCCCAUAGGCAGUGUCCAGCUCUGAGGCCUUCCACGGAGAAAAGCUCUUUCCUGGGUGACUAACAAGCACUCAACAUGAAAUUGGUUCGUGAGAGUCAUAAAAGAAGUAAUCUUGCCCCAGAGUCACAUACAUUAUGUUCAUAGCACAUACCUGUCAUUAUAUGGCACUAAACGUAUUGGAAUGAACUGAUUUCUUUAACUUUCCCAGAUCUAUAUUAAAAUGGAUAAAAUACUCUGAAACCUUUAUCAUCAAAGAAAUGUUCUUGAAAGCUUUUUUGCAUUAUACCUUCAUAGUUCCAAUGCGUAGUGCAAGACUCAGGGGCUCCUUCACUUUAUCAUUAAUUUGCACCAUAACUAGCUACACCAACACUAACUAACCAUACUUGCUAUAAUCUAAUUCUAGAACAGCUGAAGGGAAAAUGUAAAGCUGAUAUUGUGUUUUUUUUUUCUUUUUUAAUUAUUUAAGAAAGCAGUGGGGGGGCAGAGGAAGUUGAGGGUGGGGGUGAUAAAAUGUUGUCAGCACCAAAAAUUUUACGUAACUCUGUCUUAACACUGAGGAAAAUCCAACAGUAUGGUGAAAGGAAAUAUAAAUGUAAAAUAUAAAUUUAACUGUAAAAGAGUAGGAAGUCUGGACAAGGUAUUACAACCUUUACUAUUUUACCAUUGUGGACACUUUGACGGUAAGGCAGAAUUAAAAAGGGCCAAUAGAAACAGAAAUGCAGAUUAUUUCAUUCAAAUCUCAAUUGAUAAUAAAAGUAAACUCUCCCUGGUUAAUUAGAAUCAGUGAUUCCACUAAAGUUGUUUCAACUCCUGCCAUAAAAUAUCUCCUUUUUCAAAACAUACGUGGAUAUUGGGCAGAGUAUAGAUUGCAAGUUGUACUAAGAUAAUUGAGUCUUUCAGGAAUGUGGCUACCAAUAGAAAACAAGAGGAAUAGCACUUUUUGUUAAUGCUUCAGGACAAUGCUUUACUAGUGCAGUUGGCCACCCUAUCAGGGGAAUUCUCCAACCUCCACAAACUUAUGGGGAAAAACAUAGUAUUUAGAUGAGAAGCAGUAUUUUAUGUCUAUAUACUAAGCCACUUUUCCUUAGUGUUAAUGAAUUAAAAUAAAGAAAUUAAAUAAUAAACCUCAUGACGUCUCAGAAUUUGUGUUCAAAACUAACACAAAAAAAAAUAUACAAGUUUAAGGAGUUCCUUAAUGAUACAAAUUUAUCUAUGGAGGUAAUAACAAAUCAUAAAUACUUUAGAACUGAGGUUGGGCAAAAAGUCCUUUAAUAUCCAUCUGACAGAAGUGUCUGUGAUUUCAAAAGCUACUCUGCUUGUCUCUUUCUGAUGUAACUAACAGCUUACAAAGUUUUUUUUUUUUCAGAAGAAACGAGAAAUACAUACCAACAGCUUACACACUGGUGCUUACAACACAUCUUCUAAGUAACAGAUGGCUGAGUCCAAGUUUCUAGAAAUUGAACCUACAUUUUAAAUUACUACACUGUCCAGUAUGCUAGUGUGUCAUUAUUCAAAAACAUGUAUGGCCCUUUACAAAUUCCAUGAGAGCAAUAUUUCAGCUCAGAGAAUAUACAGUCAGUAUUUACCAUGAGAUGUGAUGAGAAGAAAGUACAAAGAAGACUUGCUAGAUGUCUGUGUAUUGUAAUUAGAGACCUAUAUUUUUUAAUUUUUCACCAAUGCUUUAAAACAUUCUUUUCAUAUCUGUCUAUUUAUACUUCAUCCUUUCACUUUUCCCUUGGUAAGGAUCAUUAUCUUAUAGGUAAGAUAAUGAUGAGUGUUCUUGGAGACAGUAAUUGCUCUUUGCUGGGUAGAUUUGGUGGCAUCACAGGAAAUAUGUGUGCAAGAAGUCAAAAGGACUAGCAUAAUGUGAAGAUUUGAAGUAGAAAGUCAGAUAGGAAGGCAAAGGACACGUAAAGGAGAGGAUCACAAAGCAAUGAAGAAAUUCGUUGUCAUGCGUUACAUAUCUGGUGAUCAAACAAAGCAAACAAGAUGAAAUAAAAAUUAUCAAAACUC